UUUGACGUCAUCGUUGUUGGGGGAGGAAGUACUGGAUCCAUGAUAGCUUUAGACGCUACUCUCCGAGGAUACAAGGUUGCGCUUGUUGAGAGAUACGAUUUCUCCUCUGGAACGUCAAGCCGUUCUACGAAUCUCCUCCAUGGAGGAGUUCGGUAUCUUGAAGAUGCCGUAAAACAUCUAAACUGGAAGGAAUUUAUGUUAGUUUUUGAAGCUUUGCAUGAAAGGAAGUUUAUGUUGCAAAAUGCUCCAUAUCUAACCCGUCCCAUAGCCACUGUCAUCCCCGUAAACUCCUGGUUUCAAAUGCAAUAUGUUCGAAUGGGUCUGCUCAUGUACGAUAUCAUUGCCUUGAGAGGCGGACUUCCCAGGAGUCAUGCGAUAAAGUGGAAAGAAAUGGAGUAUGUGUUUCCUAGAAUGAAUUUUGAUUGGGCGAAAGGGGGAUUGGUGUACUACGACGGUCAGUCGAAUGACAGCCGACUUAACAACAUUAUCAACCGAACAGCUGUCGAGAAUGGCGCUGUCUCUGUGAAUUACAUGGAGGUAAUGAGUUUGUUGCACAGUCCCUGUCCCAAUCACACACAAUCGCCUCACGAAAUUGUGACAGGCGUGCAUGUGCGAGAUACUCUAACCGGAAACGAGAUUGAUAUUCGUGGAAAAGUGACAGUGAACGCAACAGGACCCUUUGCCGAUUCGAUUAUCAAGAUGUACGAAGCGCUUUCUCCCAGUCCUGUGCGCCAUGUGGACUGUAUUGUACCAUCAAAAGGAGUUCAUCUCCUGCUCCAAGGAUCGCUUUGCCCUCGACAGGCAGGCAUUAUCACCACGACUUCGGAUAAUCGCGUUAUGUUUAUGCUUCCAUGGCAGAACUACACGCUUGUCGGAACUACCGACACUCCCUGUACCAUAGAAGACCAACCCGAUGUAACCGACGAAGACAUCGAACUCAUCUUCGCCGAAAUCAACAAGUUCAUGCAUAAGCCAAUCACGAAGGACGAUAUUUUAGCCGUUUGGAGUGGAAUUCGGCCGCUCGUUCGCGAAAUGAACAAAGGAACUGUGGAUACGAAGCGAAUCUCGCGAACCCAUGAAAUCUGGCAGAAAGGAGAUGGUUUCAUCACCAUUGCAGGAGGAAAGUGGACCACCGUUCGGAACAUGGCCGAAGAUCUCUGCGAUUCAAUCGAGCGUUCCACGUCCCUCCCAAUCGGAAAGUGUCGGACCAAAAACUUCAAGUAUGUCGGCGCGAACGAGUUGGUAGGUCCGCAGGAGCACGGUUCGAAACGCGCACGCUAUUUCGAGCAGCAGAUCGAUGUGCAACGUGAUUUGGAAGAGUUCUAUCAGAUGCCUACGGAUAUCGCGGAGCAUCUGAGUCAUUUCUAUGGCUAUCGCGCUUUUGAGGUCGCUGAACUGGCGAAAAAACGAGGCACAGCCCGACUUCACGAAAGCUUACCCUAUCUAGAAGCUGAAGUUCCGUAUUGCGUGCAACAGGAGAUGGCUGUGCGACUGAGUGAUGUGAUUAUGAGAAGGUUACGUAUCGGAGUGACAGAUACGUGGCUGACUAUGCAGUGUUUACCGAAAUGUACUGUUUUGAUGAAGAAUGAAUUGGGCUGGGACAGAAACCGCUGCUAUGAGGAAUUGGAAGACACCGUCUGCCAAAUUAACAAGUGCUCGCUCAAGAAGUAUGAUGUAAAUGUCGUUAUCGAUUCUAUGAACAUAAACUACUGUGUUUGA